AUGGCUGAAAUGAAAGAUUCCCAUAUCGUAGAAAUCCCAGUAGAUGAAGAGCACCAACAGAAACUGGUUUGUGCCGUGAACAUAAUAACAGCAAUUCAACACCACCCAUUAGCAGAAAUCUCUAAUAGUCCAGGCCACCUUUUGCUCCUCAAGCUAUGGCAAAGAGAAGAGGAUCUUUUUGGCCGUAGAAUUGCUAUGAAAGAGUCAAGAAUGGACUCUAUCAAGCGCGAAAUCUUUCAACUUUGUUGCUUCUUUUUAGUCUUUCAUGGGAUUUUCUUAACUAUUUUGUUUACCUCUUCCGUUGAUAGUAAAGAGCAUACUUGCAGGAAUUGGUGGAUACCUUCUCUUGUGUCUGUCUGUACUUCACUUGUGUUUGUGUUCUUGGCUCAUGUUAAGGUUUGCAGAUACUGGAAGGUGUGGAGGCAAUUGCAAAGAGAGAAGAAUGAUAAUAGAGCUCUUACUAGGUGUAUUCAAGAGUUGAGAAUGAAAGGGGCUAGUUUUGAUUUGUCAAAGGAGCCAUUGAGUGGAAAGAGAAUGAAGAGCUCGAGUGUUGAGAUCAAAUGGAAGCCACUUACUUGGUGUUCGCAGUAUUUGAUCACAAUUUGUCUUAUUUGUUUCACAGGGAAGAUUGCUGCUAGCCUGUGGAAUCAUCCUAACUCGGUGCUCAAGAACGAAGGUCUCCGGUGCACGAUAAUGGCAUUGGGGAGGCUUGAUAAUGGCAUUGCCUCGUUGUUCAGUCUUUGA